AUGGUUGCUGCUGGACAACUUAUGCUCUCCUCAAAUUUGAUCUCUUCAUUCUGCUCUAAACCAAAACUACAAGAUGAUGAUAGAGAUCAGCCUAGAGGUGGAMCUUUUGGACUUGAAGAUCCUUAUGCUCCCUACCAUCCUUCAAGGUUGAACUUUCCAGGUCAAGGGUUAAGUCUUGAUUUGAUAAUUCAUGGGUUUUGCAGGAUUAAUUAUAUGGAUGAGAUGGAAGAUGACUCAUGCGAAAUGGGAUUCUAUGUUUAUAUAGGAAAUUCAAGUUGGAAUGGGUCGAGCCAGAGAACUUGGAUACCCAUCUUUUCAGUGAAAGACGGAAUAUGGAAAUUCACCGGAACUGGAGCCUUCCAGUGUUAUGACAAGAUCUUUGAUGUGGAAGCUUGGGUGGUACAAGGAGCAGUGGAUGUUAACAUUGGUGCGAACCCUUCUGCUGAAGGAGGUGAUGAAGACAAGGGUGUUGAUGAUCAAGCAGUGAAGGUCGUCGACAUUGUUGAUACCUUUAGACUCCAGGAGCAACCUCCUUUCGACAAGAAGCAGUUUGUUACUUACAUCAAGAGGUACACCAAACAACUUACUCCCAAGCUUGAUGCAGAGAAGCAAGAGUUCUUUAAGGAAAACAUUGAGGCAGCAACCAAGUACCUCCUCUCAAAGCUCAGUGACCUUCAGUUUUUUGUUGGGGAGAGCAUGCAUGAUGACAGUACAACAGUGUUCGCUUACUACAAAGAUGGUGCUAUUGACCCGACAUUUUUGUACUUCGGUGUGGGGCUAAAGGAGGUUAAAUGUUGA